AGGAUCUAGAUUUCGGAGCCCUACAGUCCUUGGGAUUCCAGGCCCGAUAACGUCGGCCCCGGACGGAGUGGACGGACAAUUCCUAGGCCUGGGCCUAUUGGACACCCAUCCACCCUCACUAGUACAAAAACUGCAUCAUUAUGAACGCUGUUUGUGCUGGUACGUCAAGCGGGACGGUCGUCUGGCAAACAACAUGCAGAGUGGUACCGUAUCUCGCCUGCUGCCGUGCAAAGGUGAAAGAUACACCCUUUGUACUGAAUGUCUCUGGUUGGGGCUGCAAUAUUUUGCACAAGCACCUGGACGGAUUGGGGUUUGAAAGUGGAGCCGACCACAAUAGAAGUGGUCAUUCUCAGGGUUAACGCUAAGCCUUACACCACCCCACGUCAACCCAGCAGAUCAUCCUCCUACAACCUCGCCAUACUCUCCGUUCUCUCCAUUCAUUUCCAUAACGAUCACCGCCCCACAAACAUGACCCCUCAAUCCGCAGCACGUUCCGAGGCCGCCCCUGGUGCUCUCCUCAGGAGACAAGGGAAGAGAUGCUAUCGUGAGGGAAGGUACGCUGACGCUGUCACAAACUACCUUUCCGCGAUAAAUCUAGAUCCUGCCGACGUCGCUGCCCGCCGCUGCCUCUCAAGCGCUAGAUUCGAGAACGGAGACUACCAGGGAUGCCUAGCGACGAUCAAGGAUACUCUCCCGCUCGAGACCGACGAGAAGAACAAGGUGGGGUUGAGGAUACGACAGGCGAAGUGCUACUUCCACCUCAACCGGUUUCCGGAGGCGAGAGAUUUGCUCGACUGCUAUUCCGGUGGCAGCCAGGAUGCCCUAAACAUCAAAAAGACCGUCGACAAUGGGAAGAAACCGUACACCGCAGCGGUGAAGAAGGCGGUAGUGGCGGAAAUGGUCGAGAUGCCGAGAUUCAGGCCGAGUCUGCAUGCUGGACUCAACAUUUACUUUCCGCGCAACCACAACCAUCCAGUUGCUGGGAUCAAGGUGGAGGAAUUGCAUGCACGAGCGAAAGCGAAGUCGCCACUCGAUAUCUCGCUGUUCUACGGUGGUAUCGGCGACUCCCGACAAGUAUUUCAGCAGAUACACCACAUCUACGGCUAUUACAAGGACCGGAAGGACGAGCCCGCGACGCAGAAGACGAGCACGGAUAAAUUCUUCUUUACCGCGAUGGAUAUCAGUGCGCACACGAUGGCGCUGAAUCUGAUCAUCUAUCGUCUCUUGUUCGAUCUGACGAUGAUCUCGCAGAGGUUUUUGGAUGCGAAGGCACGGAUGAAAGAGAAAUCCAUGAUACUGUCGACUAUUUGGUACGCACUCGCUUGCGAUAUCAUGCCUCCAUACAUCUUCGCUCGCCUUACCUCGGUCAUGAAAUCGCUAUACGAGGAAACAAGGGAUAAUUUCGGAAUUCCGUGGAUGAGGACCAACAAGAAGACGGUGGAUGCUAUUCGCUCGGUGCUCUCCUACUGGCUUGGCGAUGCGAUGACGCUCCGUGAGAGACUUGACUACGACGUCAAGUAUGCCCAGACGCGGCUGUCGUGGACGAAGCGUGCCGAAUACCUUAAUAAUCCUGUAAUGAAGGACAUGGCUUCCUUGAAGCCGGAAUGGAACCAAUACGAAGCAAGCAUGCUCGUAUACCCUCCCCCAAUACUUCAGCUAGUGGAGGAACCUGAGCUCGCUGCCCUCGUCAAGGAGAAUAAUGGGAAGCGUGUUCAUUUGAGGCAAAAUGCCUUCAAAGAAUACGCUCAGAAGAACUGGGAGGUCAAUAUCACUCUCCUUCAGGAGCCAGACUGGUACAACAAAUGGGGGUAUACUUGGAAGAAUACCACCGACGUGGUUGAAACGAUCACGAAAUUCUACAUUGGAGCCUCACCGAAGCAUUUGAUGAUUUCACUGGCCGAUGUUUUGAGAGAGCGACCUGUCCCGCCGAUUGAGGUUGAGCCUCAACUUAUCGAGAUGUGCAUGCCGAUAUUCAGCCAGUGCGCAGAAGUGCUGGCGGAGUUGCAUUUUACGAUCGAGUUGGUAGUUGAUGAGGUCUUGCACCAUCUCGAUACCGUUCGAUACAAGACAGAUGGUCGGUCAGAUUUUCCCACGCAAUACGAUUGCAUAUUUCUGGGCAACAUUGGCGACUGUUCCGGCGGUCACCUGGCGACUGCGCUUCAUGCGUUGCCAGUGCUCAAGCCUGAUACCCUCGAUGCCAUCAGCUUCACGCAGAUCAACAUCCUGCUCAACGCAGCAUGCUUUAGCGAAGGCCUUCCGCGUGCCCUCGCUGAGUACCUUUGUGUUCCGUCGGUCCAGGUUGCCAGUUCCAUGCUCGGUAUCGACCGCGUGGAGAGUCCUGACUCCGAAGCACAUGAUGCCAAUAUCCCCAAGCUUUACCGCUGGGUGCGUCUGUCCGAUCCGGACCGAUGGACGCUAUCGACGAGAAAGCCAUUUCCGCCGAAAGCUUCUUUCACCCGCUGGUUCACGCAGAUGUUCUUCAAGCUGGCCCUACCCGUGCCACGAGCCAUGGCGGAUGGAAUGACGCGCAUCAACCAACCGCUCACGCUGUCUUCCUUCAUCAGGCUCUCGAUUUUUCUCGUGAAGGACCGCGGCAUCCCACCCCACUGGGUAGCCAACGCCAUCGACUCACUCCUCUCCGGCUCGGUGUGGACCGCGGCGCGUUUUACGACCACCGCUCCCUUGGCAAUUAGAGAAGUAUCCUAUCUCCUUCCCGGUGCCGAGCCCCCCAGCUUAGAGAACUAUAACCUCGAUGCAUUCAUCCCCGAGUUCCGCGCACUUGUGAUCCGGCACCAGCCAAUCCUUCCAUACAACCUGUCAUUCUCCCUCCCUCCGCGCUCCGCGCUCGAGAAAUACUCACUAGUCUUCAACAUAAUCGACACCACCGUCGGGCCGUCGACCGAGAUGCUCAGCGUGGCCUUUGUCGCACCCGACCAGUCGCCACACGACCUCACCCAACUCUGGAACUAUUGUGCCUGCGGUACUGGUACAUACGGUAAAAUCCUCCUGUUUGGAAAUCUCGGUUGGAAGCUAGAGGGGGGCAGACAGGGCGCAUUCCGGUUCGUGUGCAGGGCUGCUUUGUGGAUGGAAAAGGAAACCAUGCAGAUGAUGCAGGCGCAGAAUUGGAUGUCGCUAGUCGUGAGGACUGAUACGUACAUGAUUGUGUCGGCGCCGGUGAAGGCGGUUGAGGCUCACUAUGUUUAAAACUUUAGAUCUGUGCGGUGGGUACUAGAUAAAUCGUGAGGAAAUCGGUUUGCGAGAUGGAAUUGAAAUGGAAUUACUGAGAUGGAUAGUUGUCUUUAUGGGUACACGAUGAAAUAAUGAUGGAAUGACUUUGCGAGAUGGAAUGAAUUUGCUAGAUGGAAUAGAAAUGGAAUUGUUGAG